AUUAUCAACGUCAACUUCUAAAUUUCCGCAUCCGCGCUCGCACUUGCGUGUGGUCCUUCUUGCGCUCAUGUCCUCCUAAACCUACGAUGACCACGCGGUCAGUCACCCCGCCGCUUGUCGAACUUUCGCGACAGAGUUCACCGUCACAUUAGCGCACCGCGCGACUUAUACGUACGACCAACUGAGGGAACUCCGCGCUUGAUAGUCACUAUGCCUGGCCCUUAUAUGCCUGGGCGUCGAAGCGCUGAGCAACCCUAUUACCACAACUCACAAUCGCCCGUCCACCAGAACCCAUACGGGCCUUAUCACCACUACCCGCAGCCAUACAACCCAUACGCGCAAUGGUACCCAUACCAAACGCCGCAGCCCCAGUAUGCGAUGCCUCCGCGGCAAUUCCAGCCUCAGUCGUCUCCUGUUGUUGUCUCCUCGAACCCCCAUAUGACCCAGAUGGCGGCUUCCAUGGGCCAGACGCCGCCCAUUGUGCACUCUCACACACCACCACCUAUGGCGCGCAUACAGACUCCCCAGCCCCAGCCUGCUCCUUCGACGCCUUCGCCACAUUCACAGUCCCAUUUGUCUACUUCAACCUCGCUCACAAACACGACCGUGGACAGUCCCCCACCCGUUGCUGGAUUGAAGCCUGACACAGCCGCUACCCCGCCCGCCCAUCAGCCUACGAGUUUCAAGCCUUUCUACCCGCCUUUACCAUGGCUGUCCGUACCCGAUGCAGAAUUCCCGCCCCGCGUUUCACGGCGGAGGAGACGACGCAGGGCUCCCGUGUCAACCGAAGAAGAGGGCCUCGCUCUACCCUCACGCGAGCAGAUUGUAGAAGAGGCUACUCCGGCAGAUACGGAGCAGCUUUCCCAGGGCGAAAGAACCCCAACCGAAGAACCGGAAGAAUCACAGACGUCUACCAUUGCUGUGCCUUCGGACACCGAAGUCGACACUCCCUCCACCUCGCACCCCCCCUCUGAAGUCGACAUGGGGCCAACAACGCCUUCCGCUACACCAACCCCCUCCCAACCAUCAGCUACUGUCACAAAGCACACUCGAAACACAACGAAGCCCGUCGUACCCCUGAUCCCUAUCAGAUCCGCCAAGGCACCAAGCGCCGCGUCUACCACACAGCCAUCAAUCAAGUCUCCGGCAGGCCAAGGAAGGUCAACGAGCGCAGAAGAGGUUUCUACACGCGCACCAGACGUGGGCGCAAGUGCUGAGGAGGCACCCAAGACAUCCCCCCAAAAACCAACAGCACCCAAAUCAUGGGCAGAGCUACUGCGGGCGAAGGCUGCCCCUGCCUCACCAGCGCCAGCACCGGCUACCUCAAACGGUAUCGUCGCUGUCAACGGGCCGGCAGCACCAAAGAGUAAUACCCUUGCUGAUGUCCUUGCAUCCUUCUCAGUCGGUUCGGACAAGAAGGCUUCUUUCUUAGAGCCCCGUGGUCUUGUAAAUACGGGCAACUUGUGUUAUAUGAAUUCAAUUCUUCAAGUACUUCUUUUCUGCGUUCCCUUUUACACCUUUUUAGAUCAAGUUGCGAAGCGCGCUGUGCAUAGCUUCAAGUCCGAGACGCCUCUUGUUGAUGCAAUGAUCAUGUUUAUGCGCGAUUUCAAGUCGAUCGACUCAGCUGCCUCUAUCGAGCAACUUCGCCUUCGUUUGAAGGAUAAUGAUCUGGAGCAGUAUGGCGACCCCCUGACGCCUGAGUAUGUGUAUGACGUCAUCAAGCGCCUCCCUCGUUUCGACAACAUGAAGCGGGGACAACAAGAAGAUGCUGAAGAGUUCCUGGGCUUCUUGCUCGCUGGACUGCACGACGAGUGCGUUCAGAUCAUCAAGAACGAAAAGCAAAAUGAAGCCACAGAUAGCGUUACAUUGGGCGCCGUGGAUAAUGAUUGGCACGAAGUUGGAGCAAAGCAAAAGACAGCCGUCACCCAGAACUCUGGCGCAAUUGAGAUCGAGAGUCCAAUCACCAAGAUAUUUGGUGGGAAGCUUCGAUCCGAGUACAAGAGGCCGGGCGAGAAGGCUUCAGUUACGUUGGAGCCAUACCAGCCUCUGCAGCUCGAUAUCGGGGAGCCAAACAUCAACAACAUCUCGGAUGCUCUCCGGAACUUGACGCGCCUGGAGACACUAGAUGGCGCGGCUCGUGGAGCGCGAGCUUCCACCAAGCAAGUGCACAUUGAGACUCUUCCGCCAGUCUUGAUUUUACACUUGAAGCGCUUUCACUACGAUGAGAGGGGGCCUCAAAAGAUCUGGAAGAAGAUUGGAUACCCUCUAGAGUUGGAGAUUCCAAAAGAAAUGUUCGCCCAACACAAACGUGGGAGUUAUCAAGCUCAAGGAGGCUUCCCACGGUACAGGCUCACUGGCGUCGUCUACCAUCACGGAAAGAACGCUAGCGGUGGCCACUACACCGUAGAUCUUCGUCGACAAGAAGGCAAGGAGUGGAUUCGCAUGGAUGACACUGUUAUCCGCCGGAUCCGCGCUGAAGAUGUUGCCGAGGGCGGUACAGAGGAAGACCCCAAAGUUCUUGCCGCUGCCCUCGAGCAACAUAAGAAUGAUGCUGGCAAGACGAAAAACUUCUUUGCCCAGAUCGAUAUGGAGAAUGAGACCGACAAGGGAGCUUGGAGCCAGGUGAAUGGGACUGAGAAACAAAAGGACAGCACCAAGAAGUGGACCGGUGUCGUCAACGGGACCGCAACACCUAAUUCGGCUGGCAAGAGGACGCCUCUGCCAAAAGAGAACGUACGUGACAACAAAGUCGCGUACAUUCUCUUCUAUCAACGCAUCGAGACUUGAGCAGUUGAAGGAAAGACAGAUAUGGGCAUGUCGACGUGUCGUCACCCACGUCCUGUCAUGACAACAAAAGUUAUCUAAAGCAUUUGGAACAGGAAAAGCGGGAUCACAUUUGCAAUGCCAAUGAAGUGAUCCUCCGCGCACUAGGAGUAGGAAAAACAUGUAGCGUCAGAGAUACCCUUUAGCCGGUGUCUGGGAUCGGGCCAAUGAUGAUGAUAAAAACUUCAAACCUG